CGUUACUUUUGAAUAAAAAAAAAAUAUUCCGCUGUGUUCGUAAGGAAAAAAGUGUUUUUGAAAAUGAAAUUAUCUAUUUGAAAUUAAAUUCGAGUUAAAAAAUGGACGAAAAUCGAUAUUAUUACAAACAGAACACUUUCACAAGUAAUGCCAGCGACGAUUCGUCUUGUACUUUUCCACUUCCUUGGCUAACGGAUACUCGAAGGCGGAAAAGCCGAUUGGGCAAACAUGGAAGACACACUCGAGUACUGCAAGAGGUCAACAGUGAAAACAACAACAAUGUUGAACCGAUCGCCGACGAGAAUAACGAACCGUACAGUACAUCGGAGAAAAAUGGUUCAUCGUUUGAUUAUACAAAGCCAACAGAUGCGGAUACAGAUACGCAAGAUGCCGGUUAUGUGGAAUCAACCGAUGUUCUAAACUCGAGCUUUAUCAAAAUGAACAAAAACUGUACCAAUGAGAUAAGUUUUUCUAACUUCGAUACGACCGAUUUAAUGGAUAUCAGUGUUUCUAAAGCGGACACCAAUUGCGAUAUAGAUAUCAUCGAACCGUGUCAUUUUUCGUCAGCGGAAGAAAUGCACGUACAACGUAAUGUUUACUCACGCUCACCUGAAACUAUUCUGAGAACUAAUGAGCAUUCGCCGUUCGAAAACGAAAUACUAAAUUUGCACGGUAAAUCGUACUCUCCCGAGUUCAUUCUGAAAACUACUAAUCAACUGUCGACUGCGUCCAAAGCGGAUGAAGUUUGUAAUCCGCUUCGAACAACGUUACCGAUCGAUAUGAUACUAAAAACUAACGAAUAUUCGUCAUUACUGGAUGAAGCUGCGGUCGAAUUGAAUCGAACGCCUUUUGCUAUGGAUUUAGUAAUGAAACCGAACACCUUUCCGUCGCCCAAAGAGAAUACUUCUGGUAGUAAUCAUCGAACACCUUUGCCAGCUGAUUUAGUUUUAAAAACCAACGAUUACGAAUCGCCCAAAGAAAAUAUACUUCGGUCUCCUUUUGACGAAGUAGAUUCUGGUUUGACUGGAGAUUAUUCGUCGAGUCGAGACAAUUCAUCGACUGGUCAUCGUCGAUCAACUGAUUUCGCACCAAAAAGGAACGAAUACUCGUCACCGAGAGAAAAUAUCACAACUGAUCCUCACCUGUCUUUGUUUCCGAUCGACUUCGUGUCGAAAAAGAACAACUACACUUCGCCUCAAGAGCACAUGUCGCUUGAUUCGCAUCUACCAUCAUCUGUAGCCGACUUCGUACCGAAAAAUGACAAUUUUUCGCCACCUCAAGAACAAAUGUCGCUCGAUUCGCAUAUACCAUCAUCCAUAGCUGACUUCGCACUGCAAAAUAACAACUACUCGUUGCCCCAAGAACACAUGUCCGUCGACUCGCAUCUACCAUCGAUUUCUUCGGCCGAAUUCGCGCCGACAAAAAAUGACCACUCGUCGCCUCCAGAACAAAUGUCCGUUGAUUCCCAUCUACCAACGGGUCCCAUCGAGUCCGCACCCAAAAAGAACGAUUACUCGUCACCUCGGGAAAACAUGCUGGUCGAUUCUCACCUUCCGACGUUUCCGAUCGACUUCGCGUCGAAAAAAGAAGAUCGCUUGUCGCCCAAAGAUAACAUUCCAUCGUUUACGGUACCCGAUUCGGUUCCAAAAACCAACAACGAUCAGUUCGAGACUCCUCAACGAACACCUUUUUCGUCAGAACCGCUUCAAAAAGCCAAUCAGUCGUCUCCUAAACGAGCUGAAAUACCGAAUUCGAUUCACCCUAAAGUGAAUCAAGCCCCUGCAGUGAAACCAGUCGAAAUCAGUGCUAACGAAUUCAAACAACCCGAAGCUGUUCGGCCACCGCCGAAAAAAGACGAUUUUCAGUUCGAAGCACCGCUUCCUCCGCCCAAUUUUAGGAUCAACGAUAAAUUACCAACGUCUAUUACGGUUAAUGGACGAUCUUACAGUGUGACGAAUGUUUUAGGAUCCGGAGGAUCCAGUUUGGUAUAUCAGGUGCUGCAUCCGGAAACCUACGCGAUUUUAGCGAUCAAACAAGUGAAAUUGUACGAGGUCGAUGAGACAAUCGCAGAAGGAUAUAUUGAAGAAGUUAAAAUGCUCAAAAAAUUACAAAAAUGUGAUUCUAUCAUCAAGAUGUACGAUCACGAAAUCAUCAAAGAAAAUGAUAAGGAUAAACUUUUGAACGUAGUUAUGGAAAAAGGCGACACCGAUCUCGCAGAAUUGUUGAAAAAUGUCAACAAAAGCAAAAAACCUUCGAUUUAUAUGAUUUUAUACUAUUGGACUGAAAUGCUUUCAGCUGUACAUGAAAUUCAUAAGCAAGGUAUCGUCCAUUCAGAUUUAAAACCAGCAAAUUUUCUUAUAGUCAGAGGAAGUCUGAAAUUAAUCGAUUUCGGUAUAGCAUCGAAUAUCCAAGGCGAUGCUACCAGCGUAUAUAAAGACGUAUUCACCGGAACGUUGAAUUACAUGAGUCCAGAAGCUAUGGAAUUUGUCAGCCGGCCUUCCGGAUCCAUCGGAUAUAGGAUAAAUUAUAAAUCGGAUGUUUGGUCGUUGGGAUGUAUCCUGUAUCACUUAAUCUAUGGCAGAUUGCCUUUCCAAAACAUAAAGAAUAGAUUUGAAAAAAUGAAAGCCAUCGUCGACGCAAAAGUCGGAGUAAAGUUCCCCGAAGCCGAAGGUAUACCGAAAGUAUUGAUGUCUGCGUUGAAAUCGUGUUUAGAAAAAAAUCCUGAAAAAAGAGCUUCUGUCGGUGAAUUACUGCAGUUACCGUAUGUAUCGCAAUAAUUACCCGAUAUAAUUUGUGUUUCUCUGUGUAUUCUUUUUUUUUUUUUUUUUUUAAUUAACAUUUUUCGUAUUCAUUAUUUUAUUAUUUUAUCUGUGCUGAUUUGUGAGUUUUAGCUGCAUCUUGUCCAUAAAUGUCUCUUAUCCUUUUCCCACUUGAGUCGUGUGUCACUUUUAUAGUUCUAAAAAAAACGAAUAAAAAUGUGUAAAUUUUUUAAAAAAUAUUUGCUCUAUUGUCUUAUUAUUUUUUUUACGAGUGAUAGAGAAUUUAUUUUUAUUAUAGAACUUUUUUUUUUUUGAAAUCUGUGAUGAGGAUUUUUUUUUUAGAAUUAAGUACGACUUGAUGAGACUCGUGUAAUUUACAUAUAUACUUACUUUUAGGUAUUUUACGAAUAUUAUUUCCCAGUCUGUUAUGUAGUACGUAGAUCCUCAUUUUUUUUUCACGUGCUACGUGUGCUGUUGAAUUUCGGGGCCAAAGUAUCAUUCUAUACGUAUUCAGAAACCGGUAACCGGAUCGUAUGCAUUAGAAUUGCACCGAGUAAGUCGUUCUCGGGCGUUAUGUUUACAUCGUUGGUUAACGAUGCGUUCCAAGAAGUGUAGUACGUACGUGUUGUACACUACCUGUCUGUUUAUCCGCAUUGCAUUUGUAAUACAGUAAUUUUAUGCGAAAUUAAUUACCUUUAGAACGACUAUAAUAACGCGCAGGCGCAAAUAAUUGCCCGUAUCCAGCUUCAUUGAUGACCGGUCCGUUAUCAUUGUGGCGCCUGUAGAUGUGGGUGAUUUUUUUUUUUUUGACAAAAAAUUCCGAACAUUUUGGGAUCUUUUUUUGUCGGGAUGGUGAUCCAUAAGUUGAUCAUUUAGUUUCCCAUCUUCUGUACCUACCUAUGAGCUGUGUCGUAGUAAUUUUCCAUUCUUUAAAUUGGAGAAUACCUGUAUAUAUAUAUUUUUCUCCACAAUUGUUAUUGUAACUGUAAAAAUGUAACUAUAACGCGAAUUAAAAUACGUAGUUGUAGAGCUACAAGUCUCGCAAACACACUAUAGGUGUACCUAAGUAAUUUAUGAAAGACCUAUCUUAGUAUACGAAAUGCCAUUUGGGAGAUAUUACAUAGAAUUAACGGGUUAGCAGUACGCAAAUAGCUACGUUCGAGAUACCCAUCAGUCAAGCGAAGAAUUAACACGAAGGUUAAUUGCGUAUUUUUAUUUAUAAAGUAUACAUAGCUAGAUAUGUAUUCAUCAUAUUGAUGGUAAAUUAUCACGUGGGAAUUGCAUAAAAUUAUGGUCUAGAGUUAAACUCGCAGCUGUGGGCUGUUGUUAUAGAGCUAUGUUUCCGUAUAAUGACAUCGCUUACAGUAUGAUUACAUUGUUGAAGAAGUUAUUUACGCUGAUUAUUGGUAAUUGGAUCUCGUAAGGUUGUAGAGAAGAGUUGAAGGGGAGGGGGAUUUGUACAGUCCGAUUUCAAGACUGUUUGUUGAUGUGUGUACGUAUUUUUUUUCUCGAUUUGAUUCGAUUCUUUUUAUAAUUCGCGUUCCUUUUUUAUUCUUCUUUCUUUCUUUUACAUAUUUAUUUUUUCUAUUAGAUUGUAGUUAAAAUAUUAUUUAAAUGUUGCGAUUAAGUAUCAAUGUUUUAACUGCUUCGAAUAAAUUUUAAUAUUGUUAAAAUAA